GUUUUUUUAUUAUUAUCAUUGAUUGUAUUUUUGAUUCUCUAAUUUUUUUUAGUAUUCAGUGUGUUCUAAAGCUUUUGAAGUGCCAAUACUACCAUUACUAUACGGCCUGCGCCAGUAGUGGCAGAGUCGCGAGGCCGCGCCGACGUCUGUCGAAAAAAGACGUUUUCCAAAAGAACAUUCUGUACGUUUUCAAGAAAGGAUGAUAUAGUGCUAAUAAAACAGUGUGUUCUCAAGCUAUUGGUUACAAAAAGACGUACAAAAUGAAAUAAAAAUAAACCCAUGAAAAAGACGGCGUGACAUCACACAGGCCAUGAAAAGGUUGAAAUGACACAGCCCAGCUGAAGCUAGCGCUAUGGUCGCUCCUAGCGCUCCCACGCCACCAUGGCCGACGAAGAGAAACUGCCGAUACCCCCCACAUUUCUCGAGAAACUAUUAUUCUACACAACAGCUACUUUCGUUCUUUUGGCUACCUUCAGUCUGUUUGCUUUCCUCUUUCUCGUACCAUUCGUCAUAGAGCCCGCCUUCACAACUAUAUUUAUGCAGUUCGAUCCGGUCGGAGCAUUAUGUGUGACCGCACAGGUCAAACACCUCGUGGGAGCCAGCAACUGCUCGUGGGCUUCUUGUAGGGAAGGCUGCACCAAAGAUCUUUAUGAGUGCAUCCAGAUAAGAGUCAACUACAAACUUGGUGCAUCACCUAACAUCUCAGCAACAGAAUACGAGAACCUAAUCAGAGCCGAAAGAGCUAUAAGAGAAUACGAAUACGAGAACUACGAAGCUACAGGAGACAAAAAUUAUCCAGAAAUGGCGGAGGAAACGGAGUUAGCCGAUGCGUUACCAACCGGCCUUCAGGGCAACGACUCGGAAUGGUACUUUACCGGUGCCCGUCUGUUUCCCAAUGUCAAGGGCUGUGGAUACCCUCCAAUAUUAAAUUGUACAAUAUUCUUAUCCAAGUAUAGACCUUUAGGUAACAACUACACAUGCUACUACAGCCGGGUGGACCCCGGUUUAGUCAUAACAGACCUCGAUAUGUGGCAGAACACUUUAAACCUAGUAUAUGCGAUGGCAAUCCCGAUACCGUCUUUCAUUAUUUCUGUGAUCUAUUUGACAUUUGCUUACUUCAAGAUAUAUAACACUGAGGAGGAGUCUGAACAAGCGCCUCUGCAGAGUGAUGCUGAAGGCAUGGCUACGGGAGACGAUGAGAAGCCGACGACCCCGGGCAGCGACACAUUCAGGGAAGACCUGGCCUGCUUCGGUCAUCAGUUGAAAAUGCAGCUGGCAAACGAGAAGUCCAAGGAAGGCUUCGAGUCAAAUAGUCCACCAAUUUCCAAUUCGGCUUCGCUAUCUGGGACCAAGUCAUCCUUCGUGAACGCCUAGUGUGAUACCACAUCACAGCCGAGAUGACAGGAUUCCUGAAGAGCAGGUGUCGGCUACAAAGUGUAUCACGAAAUGAGGUGAACGAUCAUACCGCGAUAGGACAAACUCGACUAAUUGUGAUCGAAGACUUCUAGUCCGGGCGACACUCUACUCAACCAGAUGAGGAGGGGUGAGGAGGAAAGGAUGGACGAUAGAAAUUUUUAUAAAGCGUUGUGAAAAACUUGCAGGUUUCGUGGUAACAUUUUCUAUUUCGGAUAAUUACGGGAGUGUGUUUUUUAACUCUUCGUGCGUCAAGCCAAGCGUGAUGUGGUACGGCGGUUCGUUCAUGGUAACCCAAUUUAAGGCAUAUACGAUCGAUUGGAUUAUUUAUUUACACGUUCGUUCGGCACGGUUUAAGCCAUCAAAUGAAUUAUACAUAGACUUUCCUUUUCAGCCGGUCAAAUGUUUGGAAAAUAACAAAUGACCGACCUUAUUAGAAGAAAAAUGUUUAAUUUUUUACUUAUAUGCUCAUGGAUAAUUUCAAUCGUGGUAGUUAGUAGAAGCGUUUCACGAUUCACCGUAUGUAUGGAAUAUCCAUAUUAUAACGAGCUGAGUUUAAGGUUCGUAUUGAUAAACGUUGUGUUUACCUUCAAAGGAAUAUCCUAUUGCAGCAGUCUAUUGAACUCGUGGAUUAGUCAAGUCUAUUUUGUAGGUUUCUGAUAAAGAAACCAUUACAGAAAAACAUCAUGAAGUAAAUUAAUUUUGAUCAUGAACUCUGAAAUUCCUAGUUGAGCAAUAUUUAUUUUCAGUGGUAUUAAUUUAAUGUUAAAAUUAAAUAAAUACUUGUAAAGUUUACUUUCACGAAAGCACCACGUCGUUGCAUUUAUUGUUUAUUCAAUAAAAUAUAAAUAACAAGUGUUCCAUCAAAAGGAAAUGUUAGUAUGCUCAGUGUUGCUCAAUGAACGCAUUUGUUUCCGCUUAGAAAAUGUUACUGUGAAAAACGAAUUAUAUUAGAAAUAAAAGAUUUUAUCUCCUAUAUAAUUAUAUAAAAAUAAGAUUUUAUUAUGCUCGUAUGCUACUGGUGUCAAAUGCACGCGUGCUGAUUAUAAAAAUGUUGAAAUACAUAUAAAAAAAUAUAACGUGAGAUAAUAUGUAAGGAAUCGCAAGCUGUUUACAAUAAUAAUAAUAUUUAUGAAUUGUUAGUUUUGAAAGCAAUACAUAAUUUUUGAUUUAAUUGCAUAUAAAGAAUAA